CGCGAGCCGGCCGCGGGACCCCAGGCCCGGAGCUGUGCGUCCCCCCCGAGUCUCCGCGUUUGGUCGAGGACUCGGAAGGGAGCCAGGCAGGGGACCGGUCUCUGCGAGGACUGUCCUGGGUUAAGGGUCUUCGGGCCGGGAAACCCCGCAGAACUCGAGAACCGUGCGGAGCGGCCCGGCAGAGCAAACCCGAAGGGCGGGGACAGGGAGGCCUUGGCAGUGACAUCACUGAAUUAACCUCCGGGUGCUGGGCCAGUGCAGACCCUCAGUGGUGGAAGUCCCGAAACUGACUGAUCUGGAGAGUGAGGAAGCACCAAGUCGAGAAAUUGGGAACUGGUUCUGGGGUUGACACCCCAGAAGCUUGAACGGAUUGACACCCCAGCCUGGGGCUCCGUGGUCCGCCUCACGCUGUGUGAGUGUCCUUGACACCAACUCGUGGGCAACGUCCACGUGCAGAUUCUGGUGGCCGUGUCAGUGCGUUCCCAUCCCAGCCAGACUGGACCCAGAGGUCAGUCGGAAGCCACCAGUUAGCGGCGAGAGAGGACCCAGGUGUCCCGGCAUUGGGAGUCGCGGGGAGCUGGAGAUGUGCACCUAGAAAAGCGCAUCUGAGACAUGUCAGCUCUGGAACCCUUGGCACCUGGUUCUCCACUCACUUAUUGAGGUCCUCACCACAUCGACCCCACCCCUACUGCCUUGAGAGUCGCCCCAAAGUAGGGCCCCAGGGCUUGGAGAAGCAUGGGCACCAAGAAUGAAAGCCCAGAGCCAGACUACCAGAAACAGUUCCAGGCUGCGGUCAGCGUCAUUCAGAACCUUCCUAAGAAUGGUUCUUACCGCCCGUCCUACGAAGAGAUGCUGCGAUUCUAUAGCUACUACAAGCAAGCUACCAUGGGGCCCUGCUUGGUCCCAAGGCCUGGAUUCUGGGACCCCAUUGGACGAUAUAAGUGGGAUGCCUGGAACAGCCUGGGCAAGAUGAGCAGGGAGGAGGCCAUGUCCGCCUACAUCACUGAGAUGAAACUCGUAGCACAGAAGGUGAUCGACACCGUGCCACUGGGCGAGGUGGCAGAGGAUAUGUUUGGUUACUUCGAGCCCCUGUACCAGGUGAUCCCAGACAUGCCGAGGCCCCCAGAAAGCUUCCUGAGAAGGGUCACAGGCUGGAAAGUGCAGGUGCUGAAUGGUGAUGAUGGGGCUGUCCCUGGACCUCCCUGCCAUCCCAAGCAGCCAGCAUCCCCAUGCCCAGGGCCUUCUCUUGGCAAUAACCCUACCUCCCCUUACCCAGAGUCCCAGCCACCCAGAGACCUGGACUUGGAGGUUUUCUGUGAUUCCCUGGAGCAGCUAGAACCUGAGUUGCAGGUUUGGGCAGAACAGAGGGGAGCAGCUGGAGGAGAGCCUGACACCAGAAACAGUCUUGAGCCCCCUGGAGAGGAAGAAGGGUUGGGGGUCACCCUGCUGGGGCCCCAGGAGUUGGAUACAUGGCUGGUGGGGACAGUUCGGGCACUGCAGGAGAACAUGCUGGAUGUCCAGGGGAGGCUGCAGAGCCUGGAAAGCAAGCCCCAGCCCCCUGAGCAGCAGAGGCCCAGGCCCAGGGCUCGGCCUUGGCCUCUCAGGCUCUCGGCUCCCACGCUGCUCUUCCUCCUCCUGUGGCCCUUCGUCGUCCAGUGGCUGUUACGGCAGUUUCGGAUCCAGAAGAGGUGACUUCAGCAAGGGGCCUCUAGUCAACCCAGGGGGCUUUGAACUCCUGUCCUGCUGUGCCCUGAGUCUCCCACGUUUUAGGAGAAAAGCAUUAGCAAUCCCCUCCCAUCCGCGUUUGCCUUGGCACCCCCUUACCCAACAGGGGCCCGAUAAGACCCCACCCUUCCAAGCAGGUCACACAGACUCUCCUUCCACCCACCUCACGCUGUCCUGGAAGGCUGCAGACUAGGUGCUCAUCCCCACAUUUUCGGGUGGCUGUGAGCAAGGCGGGGCUGCCAGGUCUCAGCCCCUCCGGCCCCACCCUCUGGGUCACUUGACUCCAGGCUUCUCCCAGAGGCGGCUCAGCUCUUGGGCAAGUUGGGACUUGGGCCAGGCCCUGGAAGACGGAUUGGCUGGGAGGUGGAGGAGUGCGCAGGCCCGGGGAGGGCGGGGAGCGCCGAUCUUGCUUGCUUCCCUGUCCAGCCGCCCCGACACACCGCUCAGGACGUCUUCACAGAAGAUUCUUUUACGAAUGAAUGUUUCACUAAAUAAAAUAAAACCUCAAUCUUC